AUGACAUCGAACAGAAAUUGCAUUAUGAACCCAAACAGGGGUUUGCAGACUGAGAAUCAUGUUACGCCACUAAAUUCAAACACGAAUGCUAAUUUUCCAUCAAAUUUGGAUUUGGAUACUGAUAUAGUUAUCCGAAAUCCAGAAAAUUGUGAAUUAGCACGAAGUUGGUUUCUUUCAAUGCAGAAAGGUACAGUCAAAGUUGUAGAAGUGCAAUUUUCUAUUCCUUCUAGUUUAUAUAAAUCCCUUAUCAGUCCAAAAACACGUUUGAUUGACACAAUCAUGCAAGAAUGUGGAAGAUUCAAUAUUUAUUUUUCCAAAAGGAAAUCAAGUCUUCAAAAAGUCGUUAUUAGAGGCCCUUCGGACAAUAUUGAAAAAGCAAAGAAAAAGUUUCUUCAAUUACUGGAAGAAGAGAAAGCCAAGAAUUAUUCUAUAGCUAUCCCUGUCAAGUCAAAAUAUCAUCAGUUUCUCAAGAAUAAGAAUGGUGGCAAUCUUCCAGAUACAUGUGUAAAACUGGGGGCACGUGCUGUUUUCCCUUCUCUUAAAAAUAAGAAUCAGGAUUUGGUAACAAUCAUAGGAAAAGAGGAAGCUGUUAGAGAAGUACAAAAAGUACUAGACCUUUUGUUGAAAGACUUAGAGUAUGUGGUAGAAGACAGCAUACUGAUAAAUCGCAAGUUUCACCAUUAUUUUGUCAUGCGAAGGGAUCAGCUUAUAAGAGAAAUGACUGAAGUCUAUGCAGGUAUGAUUAUUAACUUCACAUAUGAAGGAAAACAGAGCAUUAGAGUUACAAUGAAAGGAGAAAAGGCUUGUGUUGAAGCAGCAAAGAAACACGUCCAACGGAUUUUUGAGCCCUUAGGUUCACAUGUCACAACACAGUAUGUUAUUCCUCAAAAGUUCUAUACAUUUUUUAUGGGACCACUGUGUUCCAAAGUUCAGCAAAUUGCUAGAGAUUUUAAAGUUCAACUCGCAUUUCCAGACAAAGGAAAGCCUACCAUGUAUGUACAUCCAACGGUUCAGGAAACGGAGAAAGAAAAGUGGGGAAAGAACACUAAAGAAAUUGUUUUUAGUAACCAAAGAAAAAAUAAAACCAUACUUAUAUCAGGUCAAAUGGAAAAUUGCAAAGCAGCCAUGGAAGCUCUUGAGUAUUUAAUUCCUUUCACUGCUGAAGUUCAGGUGCCCUCUCAUCUACAUCCUUACAUCAUCGGUCACAAAGGAAGUGGGAUAAAGAAGAUAAUGAGUGAAUUUGAUGUUCAUACUCAAGUGUUACAACCCGGAGGCAAUUCUGAUAUUAUAUCCAUCAUGGGUCUUGCUGCAAAGGUGGAGCAAGCCAAGAUUAAAUUAGAGAAGCAAAUUAGUGCUUUACAAACAGAAAUAGAAGAUCGAGCACUAAGAAAUUUUAAGCUAAUGUUUACUCUAGAUGCAAAAUAUCAUUCCACAAUUACUGGUCAUAAGGGCUUGUUUAUUGCUCAGAUUUGCAGAGAGCAUGAUGUUAAUAUCUAUUUUCCAAAGAAAGUAAACCGUGAGAUACAAGACCAAAUCACAAUUACAGGCUAUAAAAAGAAUACCCUAGCUGCUAAAGAUGCAAUAAUGAGAAUGUUACAUAAGAUAGAAAAAACAGUUUCCAAGGAAAUUCCAAUAAACCAGCAGGUUCGUGACGAUAUUUUUGGAAUUGGUGGAAAAUUAAUCCAUAAAAUGAAUGAACAAUUCCAGGUAGACAUUCGAUUACCUCCAAAAGGAUCCUGGAAUACUAAUGUAACUGUAAUUGGACUCCCUGACAAUGUUCAGGAAGCAAUUGACCAUAUCCUUGAUCUUGAGAAGUAUUAUCUUUCAGCUCUCAUAACAUAUGACUCUCAACUGGAGAAUCUUAAGAACACUUGUCUUUACAAGAUAACCAUGGAAUCCCCUAGGUAUUCUGGGAAAACAGAUGGUCCUCAUAGUGCAAAAUCCACUGUGAACUCCCAAAAUGAUGAUUCUGAAGAUUUUCCCAAAUUGAAACAACAAACACCUCCUAAGACUCAUCCUUGGAGACCAUAA